AUGGAUUGUGUGCCUGGAGAUUUUAUGUGCCUUGAGAAAUAUCGCAAAAAUGCUGCAAUGAUCCAAAUCUUCUAUGAAGAACUGAACUAUGAAACGCUCCAAGAAACACCUGCAUACACACUUACGAGCGUACUUGCUGAUCUGGGCGGUUUGACUGGAUUGUGGAUUGGCGCCUCCGUGGUCAGCCUACUCGAAAUUUUCUCAUUGAUUGUGUUUGCUGCUCAAGCAUACGUCAGAAAACGAAAAGGAUCA